GCACACAUACACACACACACACACACACACACACACACACACACACACACUUCCCCAUAGCAAGCUCUCUGCUUUCCAGGACCAGCCGUUUUGUGUUGGAGGCACCAGGCAGGGGCUCAGGCAGCACAGCGGCUGCUGAACCCGCACUGCUCCCUGCGGCCCUGCUCAGAGCCUGCCUACCGCACGGGCUGUGCUCGGAGCGCAGCUGGUUCUGAGGAGUGAGGCCGGCUGACACCACGCUACCGCCUGUCUCCUCCCCAGUUACUCUCUGUUCUCCCGCGUGGGGGACAAGAGGCUGCCAGCCUCCCUGGGCUCAGCUUCCCAGGAAGACGGCGCACUCAGGACUCGGGGCUCUCGCUGGUGCCCUGCUUCCUUCUCGGGAUGGGCCACGCAGUCACCUGCAGAUCAGGCCUGUCCCUGCUCCAGGUGCAGGAAGGAGGGUAAGGAGGACCGUGAGGUGGGCUCACCUGCACCUGCUGCACGGGCCUUCCCAACCCUCCGAGAAUGAACGGUGAUGUCCUCUAGCCGCCCCUAGCCGCGUCUUGGUUCUCCCAGGCCACAGCAGCUGACCAGGACUGGGACUUUCUCCACAAGCGGUUGGCACCAGCAGUCAGUGAUGACUGUCCAGAAACUGGUGGCCACAGCCGUGCUGGUGGCCCUGGUCUCUCUCAUCCUCAACAAUGCGGCAGCCUUCACCCCCAACUGGGUGUAUCAGACGCUGGAGGACGGGCGCAAGCGAAGUGUGGGGCUCUGGAGGUCCUGCUGGCUGGUGGACAGGGCCCGGGGAGGGCCAAGCCCCGGGACCAGGCCCGGGCAGGCGGACACACGGGACUGCGAGGCCCUGGGCUGGGGCUCUGAGGCCGCAGGCUUCCAGGAGUCCAGAGGCACCGUCAAACUGCAAUUCGACAUGAUGCGAGCCUGCAACCUGGUUGCCACGGUGGCCCUCGCUGCGGGCCAGCUCACUUUCAUCCUGGGGCUGACGGGCCUGCCCCUGAUGUCGCCGGACUCCCAGUGCUGGGAGGAGGCCAUGGCUGCUGCGUUCCAGUUGGCGAGUUUCAUCCUGGUCAUUGGGCUCGUGACCUUCUACAGAAUCGGCCCGUACACCAGCCUGUCCUGGUCUUGCUACCUGAACAUCGGCGCCUGCCUCCUGGCCACCCUGGCAGCCGCCAUGCUCAUCUGGAACAUUCUUCACAGGAGAGAGGACUGCAUGGCGCCCCGAGUGAUUGUCAUCAGCCGCUCCUUGACGGCUCGGUUUCGCCGUGGGCUAGACAAUGACUAUGUGGAGUCACCAUGCUGAUGAGUGCCAGGGAGGGGCCCUGCCUGGGACUUUACUAGUAUCCACUGUAAUGGAACAGUCUAGAAACCAAGGGACGGCCUGCGUGGAGGCGGCGAUUCCUAUGGUUUCUUCUAUAUGCAUAUGUACGAUACACAGGUAUGUUUACUAUGUUUAUAUAAAUAUAUGAUCAUAUAUCGUCUGUGCCAGCCUCCCCCUGACCCACUCACAACCUGGCUUCACGCUCACGCACGUCGCAAGGCGACCAGCCCGAGAUGCACGUGAGGGGCGCAGCGGCCCUGCUCAGCGCCCUGGUCUGGGGUUAAUUUAUUCUGUGCCUGCUCAGACGGGCAUCUGCGGCCACCCUUUCUUCAGUAAAGCAGAACAUCCCGGGAGAUUUUCUGGAAAUGGCUGUAUUUUCCUCGAGUGGCUCAGAAUCUAUAAUCAGAUGGUUACGGCUUUAGGACAGGAAGGAGUUAGUAGUGUCUGUUUGUGCCUGAUUAUUUUUCUAAGUUAAAAUAAAAUGGAAACCUCUUACCACUGUCUAAAAUGUGUGUUGUAUCUCCCUACACUGCCACGUGGUAAAAGGAAUUUGGUCUAUUUUAUGUGUUUUUUGUGGGUUAGCAGUAAGAGAAGGGUUGAGGCAUUUUUAAAGAUCUGGUGGGAGUGAAACUUCGGGUUACUCAUGUCCUUAUUCUCGUUUCUGGUCAACCGAGCCUCAGACACCCACGCUCCUACAGACUCCGCACACCGUGGUCAUAUGUUGGCAGAUCCACAAUUAGUGGAGCGGGACGGGAAAGUCUAUUUGUUUAAAGAAAUUCAGAGAGAGGUCCACUUCCCCCACAUAAAACCUUUGGCCUCUCUUCAGUCAAACACUUGGUGGGCGAUACCUUCACGAUGCUACAUGGAUUCCAAACCACCCAGCUCUUACACCUGUGAGAGGUGAAGAGGCCGUAAGUCUCCAGGCGGAACAGAAAACAUUAAGAAACUGGCCCAUAUCCUCAAGGACUGCCUGACGACAUCUAUAAGGACAGUCCUUUGAUAACUGCACGGCUUGACCUCAUGCCACCUAGAAGUAGAAUCACUGUCGCCGUCCUCUGGCCCAGGAAGUUGACCCUGGGCACUGUGGGUGCCAUCAAAGCCAGGGUAAGGCCUGGCUGUCACUAGGCUGAGCCUCCAACCCCAAGAAACUUUGAGCUUUGUUGCUUUUAACGUUCCAGAGAAGUGAGGUGGCCAGCUUGGAAUUCAAAGACUAUAUCGCUCCAGGAUAGUCAGAACAAAUGGUCCUGCUCACCAUCUGGGGUAUGCGGAUGCGAACAGUCAUAAAGCAAUUGAGGAUGAUUUAAAAGCAUCCGUGGCCUAAUCAUCUAUAAUAAAGCUAGCAGUCAGUGUAGAAACAGCCAGAUGCCUGCCCCACAACCAGUACGCUCAUGGGAACAUUUAGGUUGGAGCUCCCUUCCUUUGAGCUUCUUUCCUACAAUGGAUUUCCCCCAAAUCCUAUGCUAAAAAUAAUUGUUUUUUUAAAAGAAUGAAAUAUUUAAGGUGUAUAAUUUUAAUAAUAUUAUGUAUAUGAUUAUAUAAAUGUUCAUUAAAGUUUUAAAGUUGGCCAUGUGA